AUGGAGACGAUAACGGGAGUUGAAAAUCAGAAAAAACCGAUUAAGCGGAAGAGGGAAUCAGCGGCGAUUGAGGAUCUAACUUCUGAGGAGAAAGAGGCUCAGAUCUCGUCGUUAAAGAAGGAGAUUGAUGCGCUUUUCGAGUAUUUCAGAGAAAUGGUGGGUCAGAGUCAGACGACAGAUCUGUUGAGCGAUUCCUCCUCCUCCUCCUCCUCCGUGAACUCUAUGGUGGCGUUGUUGAUGGAGGAGACAAGUUUGCCGUUAUCGAAGCUUGUGGAUGAGAGUUUCGCGAAACUGAAGGAGAAGACGGAGAGUGUCACUAUAGCUUCCGUGAAGAGCGCCAUUGUCUCUGUGGGUCAGAGAGUGAGUUACGGCGUGCCUAACGCAGACGCCGAUGUUUUGGAAGAUGAUACUGAAUCUUGCCUCUGGUGUUGGGAGACGAGAGAGUUGAAGAUGAUGCCUAGAGAAGUUCGUGGGCUGCUAAAAGUUCGACGGACUUGUAGGAAGAAGAUUCACGAAAGGAUUAUAGCAGUUUCUGCAAUGGUAGAUGCAUUGCAAAGAGGAGAAAGUGAAAAGUCGUGGAGAUGUGAUGUGAGCAGAGCUAAUGAAAAGCUUGGUAAAGUACUGAGUGAGGUUGAGAUUCGAUCGUUCAUGGAGAACAUGUUGCAGAAGAAUAGUACACAGAUGGGUGAGAAAGAUGCGAAGCGAGAAGAGAAACUGCUUCUUAAGCAAUUGGAGAAGACUAGAUGUGAAGCUGAGAAGGAAAAGAAGAGAAUGGAGCGUCAGAUAUUGAAAGAGAAGUUGCAACAAGAGAAAGAGCAGAAGCUGCAACAGAAGGCAAUGAAUGAUGAGAAUAACAAAGAAAAGGAAGAGCCUGAGUCGGCGAGAAAACGGGCGAAGAAACAGCAAGAUGAGUCAGAGAAGGAGCAGAAGCGUAGAGAGAAGGAACAAGCCGAGCUAAAGAAGAAGCUCGAGGUACAGAAACAGGCUUCAAUCAUGGAGCGGUUUCUUAAAAGAUGCAUAGACAGCUCAACGGCCCAACCCGAAGUUCCUUCCGUUGAUGUACCCGAUCAGGCUCGGGCUCCUUCAUGUACAAAACACGAGGGUGAAAGUGGAACAGUUGUGGAAGCCAUCGACAAUGCCUUUUCGAAAACUUCAGAGGCUACAGUUGAUGAUAUUCGCAGGGCACACUUUGCUUCUUGGCGUCAGUUGGGUCGUUUGCUCUCGAGUUCGAAGAAGCAUUGGGGGAUGCGUAGGGAGCCUAAGGUUGAGCCGUUUCUAAAACUCAAACUAUCUACAAACAGGGAAGAAAAAUCUGACGGUGAACCUAACACGGAUGGAUAUGAAGAGAAAGACAUGGUUGGUGUAUCUUGCAUUAGUCAGUGCGAGUCUUGGUCAUCAUCUAAUCGUAAGAAGCUAAGGAGGGCCAAGCAGUUAUUACAGUUUGAUAAAAGCUGCAGACCUGGCUUUUAUGGUAUAUGGCCUAGCCAAAGUGAAGUAAUAGGGCCACGUCGUCCUCUGAAAAAGGAUCCGGAAUUGGAUUACGAAGUUGACAGUGACGAAGAAUGGGAAGAGGAACAAGCUGGUGAAAGCCUCUCGGAUUGUGAGGACGAUGAAGAAGAUGCAAAGGCUGGUGAAGAAGAUGAUGAUAGUGAAGAUGACUUUAUGGUCCCUGAUGGUUAUCUCUCGGAAGACGAGGGGGUUCAAGUGGAGAGAAUGGAGUUUGAUCCGUCUGAAAACGAUGAAAGUUCGACUCCAACUAAACAAGAUGAAGAGUUUCGUGCAUUACUCCAUCAACAAAAGCAAUUGCAAAGUCUGACCGAUCAGGCUCUCGCGAAAUUGCAGCCGCUGAUGAUAUCCAACCUAGCGCACGAGAAGCUCUCUCUCUCACCUUCUAAAGAUGUAGACGGCACAACAGAGAAAGUCGAACAGAUUUGUCUCCGAGCUCUCGUGGUACGACCCUUCCCUUGUUCUUCUGACGCUGACGCUGACGCUGACUCUGACGCUGGCAAGUCAUCUUGUAGUCAGAGCACUCCUCCAUCUUCUUCAUCUUCUUCAAGAACAAGAUCCAUACCAAUUGGAAUUCUUGAAGACUCUUUCCUCGCAGGCCUUGGUGAUUUAUCUGACAAUGAAGCAGAAUUGGAUGAGAUGGAUGGUGAUGCUGGAAAGGAGGAAGACGACAUUGACAUGGACAUGGCAGAACCUAAGAGCAUGAUCAAUGGUGAAUCCCUCAUGGCAAAUAUUUUAUUGUAA